AUGAAGGUGCUCGCACAAGGUUUAAAAAACGGACCACCAACAUUUCAACGCAUCGUCGACGACGUUCUCGGUCCCCACCGAUGGCAAUGUUGUCUCGCGUAUCUCGAUGAUAUUCUCAUUUACUCGCGAUCGUUUACUGAACAUCUCAAACAUGUUGAACUUGUGUGUAUGGCUCUGGCACGUGCGAAUUUUCGUUUAAACACGCAAAAAUGUGAAGUAUUCAAAACCAGAAUUGAUUUCCUUGGACAUACCAUCGCUAAUUCCGAUGUUUCUCCGUUAUCCGAUAAGGUGCGGGCAAUCCUCGAGAUCCCUGAACCAAAGAGUGCCGAUGAUGUGAUGAAAUUUGUAAACACAGCUGGUUACCACCGAAAUUAUAUCCAAAAUUUUUCUACAAUCGCAGCUCCACUUUACAAAUUUUCAAAAAAGACAAAAAACAAAUUUAGUUGGGGAUCAGAAGAAAAGCAUGCAUUUGAAAUAAUAAAAAAUCGGUUAACCGAAGCUCCCGUUCUCCACCAUCCCGAUCACAAACUACCAUUUAUUAUCGCCACAGAUGUGUCGCAAGUCGGGAUUGGCGCAGUAUUAAUGCAGAUAAAAGACAAGUCAAAAGGCCCGCAUCCAAUCGCCUUUAUGUCAUGGAAACUUAAUGCACAGCAGCAGAACUGGUCCACCAUCGAGCGUGAGUGUUAUGCUGUGUUAGAAGCUGUCAAAUUGUGGGAUUCGUACGUGUCCGGAAAUGAAUUUAUUGUGCAAACGGAUCACCAUCCGUUAUGCUGGCUUCAACAAAAAUUUUCAAAAAAUGCUAAAUUAAAUCGAUGGAGAAUGGAUCUCCAAGGCUAUACGAUGGAAAUUAUCCAUGUGUCUGGGAAGUGUAAUCCUGUAGCCGAUUGUUUGUCACGUUUUCCCGUCGAUUCUCCAAUCAAUGUUGACAAGCCGAUUAUCAUGAAUUCGACUGGGGUGCAAGUUGAUCGACUUCUCGAUGGCAACACAUGUUCUUCUGUCAAUGUUAUAACGCGAGCAAUGGCUAAAAAGGUUGCUCAUCCUCCUCAUUUGAUCCUUAAGAAUCCCACAACAGCCCAACAAUCGACGCCAACAUUACAGACAACAUCAUCAGCCGCGCAGACCACGCCUGAUCGUAUGGUAUCAAAUCAGGCACCGAAACUGGUUGAUGGUACAGUAACAGUACCGGUUAGCAUCUAUAAAAUUGUUGUCUUCACCUCCGAACAGUUGAAGCAACAUCAGGCAGCCGAUAAGGAAAUUCAGAACAUUGUGAGGAAUAUUCAGCACCAAACAUUUAGGCAAAAGUAUGUUGUCGACAAUGGAUUAUUGUGCAAGAAGCUUCAGCGAUUUAAUGGAAUUAAAAUCGUACCCGUUUUGCCACAAGCUCAAAUUCAAAGCGUACUGUUGGCCUAUCAUGAUUCGGCCGAAAACGGAGCACAUUUCGGAACUGAGAAGACAUAUUACAAAAUUCGAGAUCGUUACUAUUGGAGGAAUAUGUACGACGCUAUCCGAAAGCAUGUCCAGUCCUGCUCGAAUUGCAAAAUACACAAACAUCAUCGGCGAAAACCCGAUGGGGUGUUACACCCAAUUGAACCAAUGCGUGGACCAUGGGAGAAAGUCGCGAUUGACUUCGUAGGCGAAAUUCAUCCAUCCUCAACACGUGGGAACAAAUACAUCAUUGUGUGUACGGACUUGUUUUCCAAAUUCGUUAUCACAAAAGCGGUACGAGAUUGUUCUGCCAAAACAGCCGUGAAAUUCAUUGAAGAGGAAGUGUUGAAAUAUGGAACUCCGUUGAGUGUGUUAACUGAUAAUGGAACUCAUUUUACCGCUCAAGAGUUUAAACAAAAUCUAAUGGAUAUAGGAGUGGUUCAUCUACUAUCAACCCCAUACCAUCCACAAACGAAUGGGCAAUGUGAAAGGUUUAAUGCUUCAAUGUGCUCGAGCGUUGCCACAUUGGCUAAUAAUAAUCGAACCGGUUGGGACGAACAAUUAUUAAAAACAACAAUGGCCUACAAUUCGUGUAGACAUUCGACAACGAAAGUAACACCAUUUGAAUUAAUGCACGGUAGAGAAUUUCGUUCACCAUUUGAUCUUCCUCCACCGACGACGACCCUUCCAGAACCAUCCGAGUUCAUCAGACAUCAACGUGAAUAUCGAAGAAUAGCCUACCAAUAUGUUCAACAAAACAUCGUUCAACAACAAAAUCAAGCACGACAGCGCUACAAUGCCAAUCGGAGGGACAAACAAUAUUUUGUUGGUGAUUUGGUAUGGUAUCAACAUCAUGGAACAAGUUUGAUCCAAGGAAUAUUGGACCGUAUGAAAUUAUUCAAAAACUUGGAGACCAAUCAUAUAUAA